CUUGCUACAUAGAUAGUGCUCUGUGAUUCUUCAUUGCUGCUGUCAAAUCAAAAGAUUUGCUUUUGCCAAGUCCUAGUACCUUUUCGUUUUUAUUUAUCGUCUAAGUUUACGUUUUUGCACAGCUGUUUUGUAAUUUAUUUGCUUACCAAAAAGUGGUAAAGAAAAAAUAUAGAAAGGAACACAAGCCCACUGUGAUUGCGAUAAAUAUUUUUAUCAAUAAGUUAGUUUCCGAUAAUAUCACGCAUGGAGGCCAAACUCAGAGAAUAUCGUUCUCUCCGUCGACGCCAACAAAUUAUAGAUAACGCUAAAGAGAAAAUUCAAGAGUCUAAAGAGAAACUGGUUAAAUUUCUGACACCGAGUUUUAUAAACGAAAUGGGUAAAGAAAAGGAAGAAGAAGUGCUGUUGAUGGAUAAUGAAGAAAAUGAUCAUCAACAAAUAUGUCCAGAAGAGCUAGAAAAUUCCAAUGAUGUAGCAUCAAAUCUCAGCGACUUGGAAACCACAGUAGAAGAAAAUACUGAGUCAUGGACAUAUUUCACUGUGAAAUGGACUAUGUAUUUUAUAAUAUGGCUUACAUUAUUUGUAAUAUUCCUUAAGCUUCAAUUUGGUGCUGUAUUUUUCGUGAUAUCUGUAUUAAUAGGCAUCUGUUUAAAUACAAGGACAAGACCUAAAAGGAAAGGUGAAGUGUCCGCAUAUAGAGCUCGAUGGCGGGGGUGGUUAGCUGCUGUUCGGCUGCGAUCGUUGAAGUUAAGCAACAUUGGCAAGGUCGGUCAUUGGAUGGGUGACCAAAAAUCUAUCUUCGGAAGGCACGUUAAGCCGUUGGCCCCGGCUGCAUCUGCAGUCGUUAGCGCCCGCCAAUCUGCACUGGGCCCACGUGAUCGCGCCAAUCUUCUUGUCUGCUCUGAACACUACACAAUUCGCGUCGCUGAUAAAAGACAGGUUUAUAGAGGGACGAUGAUUGCACCUGCGCAAAACAACUUCAAAGCGAACUAUAAGUUGGGCGCAAUCUAUAAUGCGAUGGAAAUUAAUUGGCGACUGUGA